UCAAAAAUGUAAACAUUUCAAUUUUCAAAUCAGAGAAAAUAAACUGGUUCAAUGAUUUAAAAUAUCAAAUUGUUGGUUUUUUAAAUUUCAAUAUGCUCGGAAGAUAUUGUGUUCGGUUGAAUUCAAAAUCAGUUGUAUUUUUGAUUGUUUCAGUUAUAAUAUUCCACAUUAAAACAACGCAAACCUCCGUUAACUCCAAUAACCCUGAAGUAAUUCCUAGCAAAAAUGAGAAGAUCAAUACCGAUAACGUCGAUCGUGCUGUCACUAUAAAUUCUAGCAAUAAAAUAUUAUCCGACAUUAGUCAUUGCCCAAAUGAAACACUGUGUAGUGACUUGCCGAACUCCUGUCUGCAGUGUAAUUACAACAUCCAAUGCAUUUACGGAGCAGAGAUGAAUGUAACUUGCACCCCAAAGAACUCUGUUAACUGUCACAACGAUGGCCAUGAGAUCAAACGGAAGACAAUCUGUCGUUACUGCUAUCAGACGGAAAGGUGGGAGCAAGUCUGUGAGCAGAAAGGGGGAUGCAAUUCCAUCGAUUCGCACUUUAAAACCAACUGCACCGUGAAUGCGGAGAUUCUUUGUAUGGGCCAUAGAACUUUUAUGAAAAAGGUGCCCUGUAAUUGGACUCAGGGAUAUCGCUGGUCAACGACUCUGAUUCUUAGCAUCACGUUGGGUGGAUUUGGCGUGGACCGGUUUUUCCUGGGACAUUGGCAGGAGGGAAUUGGAAAGCUGUUCAGUUUCGGGGGUUUAGGCGUUUGGACGUUAAUCGAUGUGAUGCUGAUUUCGUUGCACUAUCUGGGACCGGCCGAUGGAUCACUCUACAUUUGAAGCUAAGAAGAUGAUAUUUAUUUUUAUUCUGUAGAAUGUAUUUUUUGUGAUAAUUAGAAUGUAAGGAGUGAUUAUGGCUUGAACGGAAAGUCUAAAUUUUUAGAAAAUUAAUAAUGUGGAAUUCUUUUCACCUUAUUAAAGAUUUUGCCUAGAUAUUAGAUCCUUAGAAAUGUUGAGAACUGAUUAUAAAUCCUCAGUUACUCUAUUCCUGCAAAAAAAAAACCUUUAGUAAACUGUGAACUUUUUAACUUAUAAAACUAUUUUAUCUUCAA